CGAAAACGGCUGAGAGAGCUUCUGUGUAAUCUCUAUUUCUUUGUUUUUGACUUGUUGUUGUGGUUUUAUGCUGUUUCCGCUCAAUCAAUAUGUGACAAAAUUGUUUGGACCGCCGUCGAGUGACCUUAUCUUUUUGUUCCUUCGACUUGUCGUUAUAUAUAGACAAAUCACUUUGACAAUGUAUCACUUUUACUUUGUCAUUCUCGGAUUUCUUUUCGUCAUUUGUUGUAAAUACGAGUAAGUAAACAAACUGAAAUAUUUUCCAUUCACGUAACAUGGCAGACUUCCUUAGUCGAGAAAAACAAACUGCGUCGGCUUUAUUGAAAGCUCAGUUUGGAACAGAAAAGGGAAAAGCACACUUGAAUGGCGUACUUAAGACAUUGUUUGGUCCACAGAAAAAAUUUACGAAAGACACGAAAGAUUGGUGUAAAUGCCUUAUCGCUGGUGGGCAAAAUCCUGAUUCGUUUUUCAGCAAGUUAAAAGAAUAUAAUAGUUCCCAAGUUUGUGGACUAGUAUGGCACAAAAAUUUCGUAGCGUUUCGCUGUCGCGACUGUGGCAUAUCACCAUGUAUGUCCAUUUGUGCAGACUGUUUCCAUGCUGCUGACCAUACAGGACAUGACUACAAUAUGUUUCGAAGUCAUGCAGGAGGUGCAUGUGAUUGUGGUGAUGAAAAUGUCAUGAAAAAGGAAGGAUUUUGCCCAUUUCAUGGUAAAAAGAAGAAAAUGUCUUCCGGACCUCCUGAUGAAAAUCUUGACAUGGCUAGAGCCAUUAUUCCACAUCUAUUUAAUUGUAUUUGUCAAAGUAUCAAAACACUAUCAAACUCAGCUGAUGCCAUUUCUUGCGCUAAAGAAAAUAACGACAAAGUUUUGGAAUUUCUUCAAGAAUUAAGUGAGGGAGAAAUACUUCGUGGAAUAAUAUGUGAUAUGGUUAUGGACGAUUCUUUAAAAUUUUAUGUAUCUAAUGAAGAUGUUACAAAGAAAGAAAAUGGGUUUUCAUCUUUGAACUUAAAUCUCUUACCUCCUGAGGACAUACCUCUCUCUAAUGGCAGGUUUUCGUGCUAUCUAGAUAUGUUACUGGAAUUAUGUUUAAGGCACGAUUUUCCGGAGAAAUUGGUUACAUUUCUCCUUCAAUUGCUACCAAAUCAAGAAUACAAGAUUGCCUUCACGCGUAAAUUUUGUGAAAGCUAUCACAAAAUAGCCCAGUUACUAACGUCGUACCAAACUUUAUCUGAAGUAGAACACCUGUCCAACAGCAUUGUUCAUGUUAGCGUGCAAUUGUUCAGUAAUAAAAACCUCAUAACAAAAAUGGUCGUUGAAUAUAAAUUUUUACAUGUUAUGGUGAAGAUUUUAUCUGAAAUGAUGAGACCUGUUCUGCAGCAAAUGAAAGUAAAUGGUCAAUAUGUGAAGCAUCUGGUGAUCAAUUGUGACUCGCAUGUUGUCAGAUAUCAUUGUUAUUGGCCAAUUGUUAGCGAUAUCAUCAAUGUUGUUACUCAUCAUAACAUUGCUGAUAUUUUCAUGAAAGAUUUAGACUUGUUGGAGAAAUGGAUGAAUUUCAUUGCUCGUAUUACAGGAAUAAACUGCAAUGAGCGAAUCAUUGGUGAUCAUGUCAGUUUCGAACCAUCAUCGUACAAUGCUGCUUUCUUCAUGGAAGUGGAGGCUGCUGCCUCUCCCAUGUGGAGUUUAAUUUCUGCUUUAUCUGCUCUGAAUGACAAAAAAUGUGUUUUAAAUGUCUUGGAAAAGAUAUCCUCAGCCUUGUUCAUGUGGCAAAAGAAAGUUAACAAUCAGCCUUCUCGAGCUGAGGUCCAUUUUCAUAUACCGCUGUUACGCUAUUUUUCAGCUUUUUUAAAACAGGCUCUACUGCAGUUUCACCUAUGUCUUGAAGAUAUCGAAGUCGAUCAUUGUCUUUUGGUUAAAUUACUUGACUGGCCUGUUUGUAUCCAGGCUGCUGUUUGCGAAAUUCGAGCUGGUCUCUGGGCUCGCAAUGGACAUCAGAUAUUUGUUCAAAGUGCCUGGUAUCAGCAAUGUCAUUUUUCUAAUUCAAUGCUGGAUCUAGACAUAUUUUAUCUUCAGAUCUGUGCUGCACAUUUGGAUCCAGAAUAUUUUCUUGGUGUUUUAAUUGAUAGGUUUCGUGUUGAACAUUGGUUUCAAUUUCCAAGUGAACUAGAGUCAUGUUCACCAGGUCUUGAUGAUGGAACUAAGGACGUGAUGGUCGAAGGAUUGCUCACGUUGAUUAUUACGAUAGUCAGUUGUAGACUACAUUGUGGUAUGGAUGUAGAGGAAACCCUGCGGCUUGAAAUGGUCACAUUGUUAUGUUUUUCUGAUCGCACACAUAGUAAACUUCUUGAAAAUGUCCCCGAAAAAUAUGGUCAAGCGAUGAACGCUCAACUUUUUGAAAAAGUUUUAAAUGAGAUUGCUGACUACAGAAAUCCUGGCUGGGACAACUCUGGCAUGCAACAAGGAACGUAUGUUUUAAAACCAAAAUAUUGGGAUUCACACUUUGAUCCUGUUCAUGCUUUAAUGAGAGCAUUCAGUAGAAAGGAAUUUCAGUCAUCUAUGGAUCGUUACGUUGAACAUGUUCGAAAGUCAACGAAAGUGAACGUUAAUUCAGCCUGGCCGCCAUUUCGUUCUGUGUCUGCCAUGGGUAGGCCUAAAUCGUUGAAUGGAGUCAUGAGGAUUCUUCAUUGCAAGAAGUUACAUCAGAUGAUAUACUUGAUACUUCACAAGGCGACUUCAAAUGUUACUACGAUGUCAGAAACUAUAUUAUACCUCACCAUUCAUCUCAUGAAUUUGGCGGUUGAAUCAUCGCCUUCGUGCUUUUCUGUGUGUUCAAGUUCUUACAAACCUUUUUUAAAUGAAGUUGGUGAUAUUCCAUCUGUAGUUGCUCUGAAAUGUUUGAAAUUUCUUGAUGAGUAUGGAAUCAAUGUAAAAGGUCUUCAUAUAGACGAAGAUUUUAUUGAAGUUAAUGAUACUUUGAUGGUUAAUAUAAUGUAUGAUCCUUAUUUUAUUCUAUGUCCUAAAUCAAUAUCUGUUCGAGAUGUUUCUAAGAUACUUGGUCACACUUUAUUCUACAAGAUGGAACCUUCAUUGUUUGGUUGUUUACUGCCAUAUAUUAGCAAUAUAAUGAAUCAUACAACCAAUUUGUUAAAUCAGUCAGAAAGAGAAAACCAUCUUCAGGUUAUUCAGUAUUUCUUGGAAACCAUGCCAGCGCACAGAUACAUGUUAGCAAAGCAGUUCGUUUCAUAUCUUAUCAAAUACAUGGAAAGAGAGCAGAUUUUUAUGAAGAAUGUCUCUCUGAUAUGUGAUCGCUCAGUGUCAUCGGAAUCAACUGUUCUGUUUACCUAUCUUAUUAAAUAUCAUCAACGAUUAUUUCGGGUUUAUCCUCGCACUGAUGGUCUGCCUAAAGAUAUUUUCUCGUUGGAGUUUCCAUCUGAUAGUUUGGUUGAUAACAUAAACCAUCAUCCUAGUAUCGUUCCCGAGGGCAAAACUAUGCUGAAAUUUUAUACUCAAGCAAGUUUAGAGGAGGAUCUUCAAGAUUCUUUACAAUCAAGUUCCUCUUUUGAUCUGACAGCUGAUGUUGUUAAAGAACUCAUUGAAAUCACUCAAAUUCCUGAAGAUUCAGCGAUAUGUCUUCUACAGAAAAGCAACGGAAACUUACAGAUAGCAAUAAGUAUGUAUUUCGAGAAUGGUGCAUGUGCUAAUGAAUCUAUGGAAACCAAAACCAAAGAUUGUUCUUUGUCAAUGGACGUCGAUCAUUGUGAUAACACGGAUGAAAAUACCAACUUGCUAGAAGAAAACGGCACCUCAACAUCCUCUCACCUACAAGACAGUAUCGUAGAUUUAUUGGUUAGACUAAGAACUCUUCUUGUGACAUUGUCCUCGCCUCUUUCACCAAGAUGUCCAGGCGCUCCUGUUGUAAAUGAUGCCGUACAAAAAGUUUCAUCUUUGCUCCAAUUGAUUCGUCGGCUAGGAUCUUCAAAUGUUGAAAUGAUUGGAAAUGUAGAAAAAGAAACGUUAAGAGAAGAAAAUCGUGAUGUCGAUUCAUUAAAUGAACAAGAAAAAAAAAAGAAAAAAGUGAAAGAACACCGUCAGCGAAUUUUGGAUGAAUUAAAGCGUCAGAGGGAAAAGUUCGAGAAAACGUUUUGCUCAAAAGCUUCCACCUCUGAAAUAAAUACUGAAUGUUCAAGUUCAUCAGCUAAACUAUUUCAUUGUGCAAUUUGUGGCCAAAGUGCCCCUUCUACUGAACAACGACCUAUAGGUUAUGUGGUCUUUAUACAACCAGGAACUGUUUUGAAAAAUCGUCACAAAAGAUGUAGUAGAUCAACAGAGUUGUAUUAUUCAAACAACGGCCAUUCUUCUUGUCAGUUAUUUAAUGAAGUAUCUAAUGAAAUAGUUUGCUGUGGAUCAAUUACUUCUGCUAGAAGAAAAUUUUUGUUGACAUACUUCGAAAAGAUGAAAGCAACUCAAGCUUGCGAGCUAGGUAUUGACGGUGGAGUUCAUGUACAAUCUUGUGGUCAUUGUGUUCAUUUGGAAUGUCAUCAAAGCUAUCUACAAUCAUUAAAGGACGAUACAUCUUUGCCUGGUAAUGAUAACGCUUUAUACGAUUUUGAUGUCAAUAACGAAGAAUUUUUGUGUCCGGUUUGUCGAAGACCAGGAAAUUCAAUCUUGCCGAUAUUACCAUCGGAUAUUUUGAAAUCAUGUAAACGAAAUAAGGUCAUGUGUUAUAAGGAUAUUUUAUGUGAAUUGGAAACCACUAUGAAGAAAUCACUUAGUAAUAGUUGGUCCAAGUUAACUACAUGUGCCCUCCAACCAAGUGUUCUAAGCACGUCAGUGACUUUUCUCGUGGAAACUAUAAAUCGUUUACACUUAAAUAAAGAACGUGGAGGUUUUUCUUUCUCACAAUGCAAAUUUUCCCUCAUUGUUGCAACUGUUAGAUCUGUGUUGGAGGCCGAGCACAUUGCUAUUCAGACUGGAAAGUUUUUUUCAUCAAGAAAAUGCUUUUUUGGAACUUUGCUGCAAACAUUUCAGUUUCAAUGUCAAACUCUUGUUCGUCCGAUGUAUCAUGUCUUUAACCUGUUGACAGGUCAAUGUGUCGAAUCUUGUGAGCAAAUGCUGGAAGAAGAUACUUCUAUUAAUGAUGUACCGUUGUUGUUAGGAGAUUGUGUCUGUUUAUUACUAAAAUUAAUGUUAUCAUGGCCAGCUCCACUUGGUUAUCGACAUUUUCAGUGUUUAGUUCAGAUGGUGUUUAACGUUGUCCUUAUUCAAGCAAUGGUUAAGACUUGCUGUUCUCUCAGUAAUGAUGAACGAAAUUCGUGGAAAUCACGUACAACGAGAUGCAAGGGUGUUGCUGCUGCUUCGUGUUUGUCUACUGAAGUUAUUUUAAGUCUUGUAUGUUCUCUGCUGGCCGAUAGUAAAAUAUGUCAAGCAUCAGAAGAAUGUCUAGGAAUUUCACAUUCCAUAUGGUCACCACAAUCGAUUGAAGUCACUCUUCAACAAUAUUGUCUUCCUUUUCUUCGUCUUGUCUCUUCCCUUUCAUCUUUAUGUUAUUCUACGAAAUCUUUAACGAUACAGGAUGGGGAAAACGAAUUUUUUUUAUUGACUAAAUCAUUGGGUCUUCAUGACGAAACGGUGCUCAGCUCUACGUUUUCUGUCUCAGAUUGCUUUAAAUGGUCACAUAUGCCUCUGUUAGAGUUGAUCAAAACUUGGUGUGAUCAAUUUUGUCAUGCAUCAUCUAGUCACGACACUUUUCCCAAGGAUCAACUACCUGGAAUGGAUGAGUGGGAAUUACCAAAAUUAAUAAAACUGCCCGAAAGUUAUUGUAGUUUGUUUCGAUUAAAUCGGAGAAGGUCUUGUGAUAAAUGUGGCAGUAUUCCUGAAGAACCAACAAUAUGUCUUGUGUGUGGAGCUUUUCUCUGUUUACGUGGUGAAUGCUGUCAACGUGAUAAUACACGUGAAUGUGUUCAGCAUGCAAUUGAAUGUGGCUAUGGUACAGCGGUUUUUCUAAUGUUAAUGUCAUCUAGUGUUUUUGUAAUUCGUGGUGAGAAAGCUAGCGUUUGGGGGUCUGUGUAUCUUGAUGAAUUUGGGGAAGAAGAUAUCGACCUAAAGCGAGGCAAACCUUUGUUCUUAUCAAGUGAGCGCUACGAAAAACUACAAGAACAGUGGCUCACGCAUAAUUUUGACGCCAUUUGUAAGAAAUGGGUUCUACAUCAUAAUAAUUUAUAAAUCAUUGUACUAAAGAAAUAACAUGGAUAACGUUUGUGUUUAUAAAGCAUAUAUUUAUAUUUUCAGAAAGUAUUCUGUUUUGUUAAAAAUGUGUAUAUAAUGUUGAUGUUAUGUUCAAUAGAUAUGAAUAAAUAUAUAACUACAAACAUUCACAAACAACUAUAAUCUUUGUUGGCACGUGUCAAUGAUUAUGCUGUUGUUAGUUGUUGUUUUUUUAAAUAAUGGAUAUGAACUACGUAGUAUAUAAAUCUUGAAAUUAAUGUUGAAAAAAGUCAAAGUAUAUCAUUAAUAUGAUUACAAAUUUACUGUAUCAGUAAUGAUACGUACAUCCACUGACCUAAAA